CUACCCUGCCUGAAGUUAAUUCUGCCAGCAGAGUACCUGGUGCACUUCGCGCUGCUAACGUCGGCAUUGCACAGUCUCAUGAAGAGUCUUGUAAUGAAGGAGGAUGCUGGUGAAAACACGGUGAAGAUUACCAAGUUUGUCAUUUGCAUGCAGUGCCUAUAUGGCAAUGCCCAGAUGACGUCGCAUGUGCAUACAUUGCUGCAUAUACCAAAGAGUGUGCUCCUUCAUGGACUGCUUUGGGCGCUUUCGUGCUUUUGAGUUCAAGAGUAGGAAAGGCAUUUACUCAAGCUGGUGUCUUCAGCGAAAGCAUCCUUUUUCAGAUUCUUUCCUGCAUAUUUUUCCAGGGCAACUUCCGCCAACUGGAGUCCGUGGCUUCAGAAGUGAGAAAGCUUUGCUCUCAUAAGGCAAGGAAGAGGAAGACUGGAGUGGAGCUUCUCGGGAAGGCCAGAACACCACUCGAGGAUGUGAGAGUUCUACUCCAAGAGGACCUGGGGUCCGUGCAUAAUAUUCAAGAAUACAGUCAUGUGCGUGUGGGUGGAUGUGCAAUCCACAGGUGAAUAGCACAAGACCCCCUUUAAACAGGAUUCUACAGCUGUGAAAGUAGGGGAUGAGUAUGCCAAAAUAGAGCAUAUACUGUGUGUUCAGAGAGCUGAUUGGGCCUUAGGGUGUUUGCCCUCUCUUAUGUGUAUGAAAUUGAGAGCAUACAAAAUGUUGAUCACCUCAAACUUUCGUGGAAGACCUCUUCAAGGCGGUUAUAUCUACUUACCGGAGCUGUGCGUCCGUGCGUGCUUUUGAAAAUGGACGGCAGUGUAAUUUUUGCUGAGUUGUGCGACCGUCAUGGCUGGUCUUAGACUGGGUCUAGGCUUCGGAGAGUCUAUGUGUAAACUGUUAACUACUCAUCUUAUUGCAAAUUUUUCAAUUUAAAAAAAAACUCCAGGAAGUGCAUUACUUUGCAGGAACAUAUUUCCAAAAGUUCUAAUGGCUAGCUUAGUUAAUCUCGUAUGAAAAAUUUGUUCUCCCAUGUUUUGAGAAUAUUGUACUUAUACAAAAUGUAGCAUAGUAAUAUGCAUAGACCUUUAUUAUGCUGUAUACAUGUGUGAAAUCAUGUCAGAAUAUUUUAAUUGCAUAGUGAUCUCAAAUAAGUGUGGAGGUAUCACUUUUUCUUGAAAAAUCUUUACAUUUAUUGUCUGCUCUUGGCUUUUUGUAACUAAAAGCAACAUAUUUAAGACAACUGAAACUUUUUGUAGAUUGAACUUGGAGCAACAUCUUGCAGUUAUUUUAUUAGAGAUGUGAAUUUGCAAACCAAGUGAUGCCAUUUGCAACCCAAGUGGUACCACUUGAAGCUUAUGUUGCACCCACCAUUUGCAACCUAAGUGGUACUACCUGAAGUCCAAGUGGCACCUCUUAGCUUGCAAGUGGUACCACUUGAAAUACCACUUCAUAUUUUCACUUGGGAUGGAGCACGAAGCUCUAGUGAGUUUGCUUUGUAUUUUCUCUUACAGGGCCUCGCAAUGCUCCUGCUAUUUCAGCUGUCGACUCUGGCAACCAUCGGAGGACGCGGCAAGUGGCACACUGUUACUUUGCAGAAAGGGUCCUUCCCACUGGCAGACUCAACUUUAUGGAGCAUGCAUUCUCUGUGCAUUCGUCUUGCUUGUAUUUAUCCAGCAUCCUUGAAUCAAAAUGAUGCCGGCCGAAGCAGCCUUCCGGGACGAUGGGGACAGCGAGAACGACUUCUUUUCCCCUAGAGGCAAACUGGUUGAGUCGCAACUCUGGACGCAGCCACGACAUAAGGGUGUGUUCCAGUGCGAGUUCUGCCCUUACUCCACUAGUCAUCUAGGUCAUAUCACAGGGCACAAAAGGACACACACAGGAGAGAAGCCUUUCCACUGCUCUGUCUGCCAGAGAGCAUUUGCCUUAAUUACUACUUUGCAAGCUCACAUGAGGAUUCACACGGGGGAGAAACCAUUUCGUUGCGAGGUUUGCCAGAAGGCGUUCGCAGUAAAAGGUAACUUGGUUUUGCACAAAAGACUCCAUACGGGCGAGAAACCAUACCAGUGUGGCACCUGUGGAAAAGGAUUUCCACAUAAAUCCAACUUGUUGCGUCAUGAAAGAUCCCACAGUGAGGAGCGGCCUUACAAGUGUGAAGUCUGUGGAAAAACAUUUAAAGACAUUGCCCGUUUAAGUAGCCAUUGGAAAGAAGUGCAUGGAUGAGGAAUCUGCGCCAUGCAAUAUCUUGAGGUCGUUUUUGUGGAAUCGUUUUUUUUUUAUGUUUUGUGUGCUUCAAAGCCUGCAUUUUGUUUGUUCACAGGCAUAUUCAUCAGUUCUAAACAUUAUCAGUUGAAGUUAGGCAAUAGCUGCAAUACUGCUAAGUAGCAUUUUCUUGUUUUUGAAUGGUCUUAUUUAAUACAGUUCAGCAGCUUUUACCUUUGGUAUGAUUUUUGUUUUAUGACGUAUUGUUUGGAGUGGAUGAGGAGCAUUGGAGUUUAUUAAGGCACAUUGAAUCCUAUGUAUGGAUUUUCGUGACAAAAUUUUGAAAAGUGAUUCCUCCGAAGUUCUGUGGAUUUCCAUGCCUUUCAACCUAAUUCUUCCACUUUGCUCUAGGUUGAAUUCUGUUCCUGUGGUUGUAAAAUGAAAUAUUUCAGUUACUCUUCCGUUCUUCGUGGAUUCAGUGAAUCACAAAUAAACUACUUACCUAGCUA